AUUCAGUCCGCAGGCCCGUGCUGCCGCUGCUGCUGGGGAGAGAAUAAGGAUCAGGGCUACUGCUGCUGCUGAUCUGGGUCCUGUCAAUGGGAAGCUGCUGCAGGCUACAGCCUUGGACGGCACCCGGGACAGAUCAGGUGAAUCCUGCAUUCGGACCGGAACUCGUGCGGGCGCCGGCGUAACCGAGCCUGGAACGGCACAAAGGGCACCCGGUGACGCUGCAGUAUACGCGGAGCAUCCGUCACGUAUAAGCAGGAGUAUCUUUGUGAUGUGCAUCUUUCUAGAUCUCCUUGGCAAUUCAAAAUGAAUCAGGAUGCAAUAAAAUCUUCAGAAGCAACUGAGACAUUGGCUGAUGUGCCCGAGCAUGUACUUCGGGGCCUUCCCGAGGAAGUGACGCUGUCUCCCUCUGCUGUUGAUAACUUGAGAUUGGGUAUUUGGACCAGAAAACCUCUCCCUAAAGGAAAGAAAUUUGGACCUUUUGUUGGUGAGAAGAAGAAGCGUUCUCAAGUGAAGAACAAUGUCUACAUGUGGGAGGUGUAUUACCCAAAUCUGGGCUGGAUGUGCGUUGAUGCAACAGAUCCACAGAAAGCCAACUGGUUGCGUUAUGUAAACUGGGCUCGUUCUGCAAAGGAACAGAAUCUCUGCCCAUUAGAGAUCAACAGGGCUAUAUACUAUAAAACAUUAAAGCCAAUUGAGCCAGAAGAGGAGCUGCUAGUCUGGUACAAUGGAGAAGAUAACCCUGAUAUAGCAGCUGCUAUAGAGGAAGAGAGAGCUGCCAGCCACAGAGGCAAGAAGAACUCGCCUAAAUCCAGGAGGGGAAGGCGGAGAGCACUCCAUGGUAAAAAUAAACUCAGUCUAAACAGACAAGGAAAGAAGACUGGCCCAGAAAUAGCUUCUGCUGAAAUGAAGGACUCUCCAGAUGCUCCUAAUGAAGAGGAUAUAAAGCCUCUAGGCUCCCCUGUCUUGUCGCUUGAGCAGACAGCUGUGAUCCAAGAAAUGGUGAAUCACAAUGUCCUCCCAGAGUGUAUCUCCAUCCCUACCACUAAACUACUUAAAAUCUCAGACCAAAAGAGUAUGGAAGAAGUUGCUCUUGAGCAGGAGCUUGCUGAAGACUUGUACAAAGAAAGUUCGGAAAGAGAUUCUCUAAAUCAGGAAGAAGACAGUGCAGAAAUGCUUGACGACUUCCGAAGUACAUCCGAUGAGACUCCAGAAGGUUCUCCGAAAAAGAAACCUGUUAAAAUCGGUAAACCCAAAGGGGAUGCCAAUGGAGAGUCACCCGAGGCGUUCAUGUUUCCAUGCCAGCAUUGCGAGAGAAAAUUCACAACAAAACAAGGGCUUGAACGGCACAUGCAUAUUCACGUUUCCACCAUAAACCACGCGUUCAAGUGCCGGUACUGUGGAAAGGCUUUCGGAACACAGAUUAACCGGAGAAGACAUGAACGACGGCAUGAAGCUGGCCCUAAAAGGAAAUCUUUAGAGCUGUCUGCUUCUGGCGAAUUUGUUCAAACUCACAAACAUAUUAUCGAUUCUCUUAAAGCAACCGAUGAAUACAGUAGUUCUCGGCUGCAGUAUAAAAUGACUGAUUCUGAUAGGGAGACUUCACAUUCUGUUCUUUCAGAUGAAAACGGAGAGCCAAGCCGAGAACUGCAUCCAUGUAAAUACUGUAAAAAGGUAUUUGGAACCCACACUAACAUGCGUCGGCACCAACGUAGAGUUCAUGAACGCCAUCUAAUUCCAAAGGGUGUGCGGAGAAAAGGCCAUCUGCUUGAAGAUACAAAGCUAAAAUCUGAGCAGUCUCCACCAGAUGAAAACGUUUACAUAGAAAACACCGAAAUCGAGGAGGACGGAGAAGUGGAUGAUGUUUAUAUAAUGGACAUCUCCAACAAUAUAUCUGAGAAUCUAACCUACUAUAUAGAUGGUAAAAUACCAUCAAACAUCGCAAAUACUGCUUGUGAUGUAAUAGAAGUAGAGACCAGCUCUACAGAUGUGUUGGGAAUCAAUUGCUUGCUUACCCCUAUCAAGGUUGAAGUUUCUCAGAAUACAAGACCUCUGCCAUCUGCUUCUUCUGAUAAUCCAAAUCCACUUAGUGACUCUUCCUGCAGUGGAAUAUUGGAGCCAAAAAAGAGACGAACCAUUAGUCCACCUCUACUGUCAAAAAUAAAAACUGAAGUGGAGCUAGAACCAGUAACACCUUCUUGCUCUCUUACUAUUCCACUAAGUGUGGCUGUAGGUGAUAAUUUACCUUUUCAGAAGGAGAAAAAUGUUUAUUUAUCUUCAAAGCUGAAACAGCUUCUUCAAAUGCAAGAAAGCAACAAGUCUCAAGUUAGUCCAUCCCUGCUGUCGGAGAUUCCAAAGUUGAGUCCAGCAGUCUCAACUAUGACAACCUGUUCCAAUAGAUUUAAAAGACGCACAACAUCACCUCCCAGUUCACCACAACACAGCCCAGCUGCUAAAGAAUUUGUUAAACAAGAAGGAAAAACCUCUUGGAAUGAAGGUCUUGGUCCAAAAAUACCAAAGUUAGAAAGUCAUAGUCAUUCGCCUGUCUGGAGCUUGUCUGGAAGAGAGGAUCAAGAUAGCACAAGUCCUUGCGAAGACAUAAAGAUUGCGAAAGAUUGGACUUCAAAUCUAUCUUUUGGAAAUGUCUGCAACCAGCAACCUCUGGACUUGUCCAGUGGAGUAAAACAAAAAUCUGACAGCAAAAGUCUAACACAAGUUCCUUGGGAGUCUGUGCUUGAUCUGAGUGUAAAUAAGAAGCCCUUCUGUGAAAGCGAUACAAAGGAGUACAAAGGAAACAUCUUGUGCAUUGGUGUCAAAAAGAAGAAGCCUACAACAUGCAUGUUGAAAAAAGUUCUAUUAAAUGAAUAUGAUGAGUUGGAAGUACCUGAGGAAAGUAUUUCACAGACAGAUGCUUCUGUUCUUCCCUGUAGAACCGAUGAGCAGACGCAUGUUCCAGAACUUGAGGCUAGCUCAAGUGAUGAUCUUUCUCUUCCUCCAGAAGUUUCUUCCCCUGCUCCAGUUGAACACAUUUGUACACCAGUUUGCCAGUCACCACCUAUUCUAACUCCUUCUGAGGCAACUUCUCCUACUCCAUGUCCACCAUUUUUGAUGGACAGUUCAUCACCGCCUCCUCUGCUCACUACUAAUGCUCCUUCGCUCCCAGAUUCUUUAUGCAGUGUACCUCCCACCCCAUCUUGCCCAUCACCCCUUUCUGCUAUCACACAGUCCCCACUCCCAGUUCUUUCAUGUACAGUAUCUCCAUCCCCAUCUCCUUCUCCUACUACUGAUCCUUCUGGCUCUGCUUCGCCUGGCCCUCCCACCCUCUCCUCUUCAUCAUCUUCCUCAUCCUCUUCCUCUACUCCAUCAUCAUCGUCUUCAUCCUCUUGUUCAUCUCCUCCACCUUUGACUGUGGGAAUGUCAGUCUUAUCUCCCUCUUUAAAUUUAGAAUCUUCUGCAGUGAUGUUUGUUAAACAAGAGCGGCAUGAAGAAGUAUCAGCAACUAGAGACUCUUUACAGACAAGUCAAAAUGACUCAACUUCUGAAGGAUUUAAUAAGACCUUUGUGUGCAAUGUUUGUGAAUUGCCAUUUACAUCUAUUAAAGACCUUGCCAAACAUCUAGUUGUACAUGCUGAAGAAUGGCCCUUCAAAUGUGAAUUUUGUGUGCAACUUUUCAAAGAUUCAUCAUACCUCUCAGAACAUCGUUCCAUGCUGCAUGGGGUUGGGAAGAUUUUUGUUUGCUCAAUAUGCAAAAAGGAAUUUGCUUUCCUUUGUAACUUACAACAACAUCAGCAGGAUCUGCAUGCAGAUCAAGAGUACAGUCAUCAUGAGUUGGAAAAUGGGACUCUUAGGCCACAAAACUUUACAGAUCCUAGCAAAGCAAGUUUAAUUCAACAUCAAAGAAUAGAUGAUGGUGGUGAUGAUGAUGAUGAUCCCAUGACACCAUCCCCAGAAGAUGAUGAAGAUCUAAAUGAUUCUUCUGAAGAACUAUAUACAACAAUUAAGAUUAUGGCUUCUGGGGAAAAAUCGAAAAACCCAGAUGUACGCAUGGGUCUUAAUCAGCACUACCCAAGCUUUAAACCACCGCCUUUUCAAUACCAUACCAAAAACCCCAUGGGUAUUGGCACAACUGCAACAAAUUUUACUACUCAUAAUAUUCCACAAACCUUCACUACUGCUAUACGUUGCACUAAAUGUGGGAAAGGUGUUGAUAAUAUGCCUGAAUUACAUAAGCACAUAUUGGUAUGUGCCUCUGCCAGUGACAAAAAGAGAUACACUCCUAAAAAGAACCCGAUUCCCUUGAAACAGACUGUGCAGCCUAAGAACGGUGUAGGAGUUGUACUUCUGGAAGCUACAGAGAACAGUCCAUAUCGGCGGAUAGGUCAGCCAAAAAAGCUUAAUUUUACCAUUGAAAUCGGUAAAAUGUCUUCUAGAAAGCUGAAGCUGGGUGCAAUAAAAAGGAAAAACCAGCUUCUACACAAGGCAAUUUUGCAAAAGAACAAAAAAGCCAAGCAAAAAUCAGGUUUGAAAAUAAAUAUGUCCCCCGAUUUAUCGUCUCACGUUUGUCCAUAUUGCAACCGAGAGUUUACCUACCUUAAAAGUUUGAACAAACAUGCAUCCUUUAGUUGUCCGAAGAAGCCAGCCUCUCCACCUACCAAAAAAACUCCUCCCAAACCUUUAAAGAAGUCUUCAUCUGCCAAGAAACACGCAGCCAGCAUCACGCGGCGGACAGCCGAUGCCGAGAUACAAAUGCAAAGCACAGAGACCCAUUUGGGAAAAACUAGAGCAAGGAGCAUAACACCGGCACCAAUUCAGCUACCUACAAUACCUAUCAAGUCGAAGCAAAGUGUGAAAUCUACUCCUCCAGUCAAGUCCAAGAAACCGAAUGUCCCUGUUAUAAGGAACUCGAGUCCUGUAAGAAUGUCUAAAAGUCAAACUGCUGUAGAGGGGAAAAAGUUAAAGAAAGCAACACUCCAUGUCCUACCGCAGUCUUUUGGGAAAACCUCACGGAAGCUGCAUGUCAAACUGCAGAAGAACAAGUUACCAAACAAGCAGCUAGCAAAGAAGAAGAAAAAAGGCAAAUACAAAGGUAAAUCCAGGGAGAGAGUAGGAGGACCCCGUACCAGAAGCUCUGCAGACUAUUCAGAUAAGAGGGAGGAUGGAAGACCAGAAUCUAGGAACCAGUUUUAAAAUGUACACCCUCCUGUGACUACUGUUUAACUUUGGAAUACCUGUUGCAUGGUCAAGCUAAAUGAAUCACUACAAGAUUAAAACAAGAGAAUGCAAAUUGGGCUGCACAUUGAUUGUCACAGCCCUUGUCAUCACAGCGUCUCUUUCUGCAUUUCCUCAGUCUGUGUCGGGCAUGCUGAAAUACUGUUCAUUCCAUAAGGACUGCGUACAUUCGACUGGGAUACUCAUCGCCUUGAGUACAUUUUAAGUUUAAUGCGAUUAUACUUGGAACAAAGGAUUUAUUAUUAUACAGGGGACAUAAUCUUUAACGAUGUUCUCUGUAUCUUUUUUAUUUAAAAAAAAAAAAAAAAAGAUAAAAAGUUGGCAAUUCAGGGUUUGAAAUAUUGCUGCAUCUGACACAAGUACUUUGAUAAAAAUAUCAAACAGAUUUAAAACUUUUUUUCUUUUCUAUAAGUCCUGCAGUUGAUGCCUAAAUAUAAAUAAAAUCAGUUUGGAACUUUAAGAUUUCCAGCACUAGCAACCAGGCUCAUGAAUUAGUAUUUAAUAUGAUUAAUACAGUACAUUGUUUUUAACAAUUCCCAAUUUCACAUUUUUAUAUUCACAAAGAGCUGUAGUCUAAAGGUAUGUAACUGAAACCAGUUUUGUUUUAUUAUCUGUUGAGUUCCAUUUAAAAAAUAGCUAUCCCAAGGUUUACAAAAAAUGUAUGUAAUAAAUAUACUACAUAUAUUGCACACCUGUUUCUUAAUGUAGGAUAGCUGAAAAUCAUUGUUUUGACCUGUUGAUAGAUUUUACAAAUGUUAUUAUGUUUUGUUUUUACCACUACUAUUCAGAGCUGUAAUAUUUCAAAUUAUUCAACAUAAAUUUCAUUUAUAUACCCUUAUCUGUUAUCAGUAAUCUACCUCCUAGACUGUAGUUCGACACUUGUUUGGUGAAUUUGUGCCACUUUAUCGCUUUUACUAUCAUUCCCAUUUUUGUUACAUUUCUCUAACUGGGACUUUUAUGUUCAGAAAUUGUAUAAAGCAUUUGUAGUAAGUUUAAGUAAUAAAAAAUUUUAAAAAUGCAAAAAAAUAAAAUAUUUAAAAUUAUUUAAAUUGUUUUUGACAUGUCAGUUGUUAUUAUGUGAUUUCUUCGUUUUGACAAGUUAUAUUUUUGGGGGAUGUUAAUCUUAUAAUUGUUUUAUGUGCUGAAGUUUGCUGUUUGUUCCUUUUUUUUGUGACAAGCGAUUUGAAAAUAUUUUAUUGACAUAAUUAGAAUUUAAAAAUUUGACAAACUGCUUUUAAACCUGAUAUUGACAAAUAUAUUUUACUUAAAAGUAUACAAGUUAAGAUGUGGUUUAUGCUAUUUUUAUUCUGGCAUGAAAUCUUGUGAUUGUCAGAUGUGUUUUAAAAUGGGAAAAUCGUUUAUGCUGUUUAAAGCACUUAACCUUAUAGAUGGGCCUAUCGUGAUAUCUUUUAUAUACUUGUAAUCAAUAAAAAAAAAAAAACUUUAUUAAA